GACAUUGAUGUAAUGUGGUUAAGAAAUCCAUUCGAAAAGUUGAGCAAGAAUGAGACUGAAGAUCUUCAAAUUAGCACAGACCGAUACCUUGGCGAUCCUUGGUUACAAAAACAACCAAUCAAUACUGGAUUUUUCUUAGUAAGAUCGAACAACAAGACCGUAACUUUGUUCGAAACAUGGUAUGGAAAAAAAGACAAUUCAACUGAAAAAAAGGAGCAAGAUGUGCUUGUUGACCUCAUUAAAAGUGGUAUAAUUGGACAUUUAGGACUCAAGGUUAGGUUUUUGGAUACCCUCUAUUUUAGUGGAUUUUGUCAUGAUAGUAAAGAUUUUAGGGCAGUAACCACUGUUCAUGCAAAUUGUUGUCGAAGUAUCACUGCAAAGAUAGAUGAUUUAAAGAUGACUCUUUAUGAAUUGGAAGAAAUUUAG